CUUGAUUCUUCCGGAACCGAAAACAGUUUCGAGGAAGAAGCGUACGCGCGAAUGGUGAAGGGGGAGGCUAGGCAGAUCAUUUGUUGCUCAUUCUAUACAAAGGUCGAGUGUAGACAACCUCUGCCGGUAGAUAGGCCGGAAUUGUCUGAAUCACUGAGAAGAGCUGUCUGAAAAUGUCCGACGGUGUCAAGAAGCAAGUCCCCCUUCCAUUCGUCUACACCUUUACAGCGGGUGCAAUCGCAGGAUGUACGGAGCUGCUAUUGUUGUACCCUCUUGAUGUGGUCAAAACUAGACAACAGCUGGAUACCAGCGCCAAGGGAGCUGGUAUGAUGGAGACAUUCCGGAACAUUAUCAAGCUCGAAGGACCCGGACGGCUGUAUAGAGGAAUCAUCCCACCGUUGAUGUUGGAGGCUCCAAAGAGAGCUGUCAAGUUCGGCGCCAACGGUUACUGGGGAGGCGUGUUCACGAACAAUGGUCAGACCAAGAUGACUCAAUCUUUGGCCAUCGUCACGGGUUUUGCAGCUGGAGCUACUGAAUCGUUUGUCGUUACGCCUUUCGAGCUCGUCAAAAUCCGAUUACAAGACAAGAAAUCGACUUUCAAAGGUCCUAUGGAGGUCAUCCAGCACUCCUUCAAGACGCAUGGACCGCUAGGUCUUUACCAAGGAAUGGAGGCUACGUUCUGGAGACAUACGUGGUGGAACGCAGGAUACUUUGGAACAAUUUUCGGCGUCAAGGGAAUGUUACCAAAGCCAGAGAGCAAGCAAGCUGAAGUCAUGAACAACUUUAUCUCUGGAACGAUCGGAGGAUUUAUCGGGACGACAUUGAACACGCCGUUCGAUGUGAUCAAAUCCCGAGUUCAACUGUCAGGUACUGGACCUUGGUCAUAUCCUGGCCUGUAUCAAGUCGCAAAGGCCGAAGGAUUCGGUGCCCUGUACAAGGGAUUCGCUCCCAAGGUCUUGCGUUUGGCACCGGGAGGUGGUGUCCUGCUGUUGGUGGUGGAAGCAUUGUCGGCGGUCUUCCGAAAGCAGCUCGGACCUCCAUACAUAUGAUCUGUCUAGAAAGUCGGAUACUCCAGUCGGAUCGUCUCUCGCAUGCAUCAUUUGGGUAAUGGAACAGGAAUGAUUC